AUGACGCUCGCGCUUACGCCGCACGCGACGAGCAAAAUCUCUGAAUCCGAGGACCUCGAUCGCAUCGCGACGAUGGGCUUCCGAGGCGAAGCACUCGCAUCCAUCACUUCUGUCGCACGCGUUACGAUCACCUCCAGAACACGCGAUCACGACGAAGGACGAUCGAUCCACGCCGAGGGGGAGCGGAUCGAAGACCCUACCCCAGCGGGAUGUCCCGUAGGGACGGUCAUCGAGGUACGGAAUCUAUUCUUCAACACCCCCGCUCGGCGCAAGUUUCUCAGAACUCCCACGACUGAGCAAACACGCUGCAUGGAAUGGCUCAGAGAUCUCGCAAUGGCGAAUCCGUCGAUCGGCAUCCGCUGCUUGGGGGAUGACAAGGUCAAGCUCGAUCUGCCUCCGAACCAAUCCCCGCGCGAGCGAGCGCUCGCGAUCGUCGGGAAGGAACUGGAAUCCCAGCUCGUUGAGGUCUCUGUGGAUCAGUACGACAACGCGCGAGGCGUGCUGAUGUGGGGACUUGUUGGUCUCCCAUCCAUCGCACGAGCGACCUCAAAGGCGCAGCAUGUCUUUCUCAACGGACGCACGAUCCGCGAUCGCACAGUGCAGCACGCGAUCCGCGAAGCGUAUAGAGGACUCAUCGAACCGGGACGGCAUCCGACGGCGGUGCUCAUGAUCGAGAUGUCUCCGAGUGCUGUGGAUGUCAAUGUGCAUCCCGCGAAGCUCGAGGUCCGCUUCCGUGAUCAGUCGAUGGUCCACCGAGCCGUUUACCACGGCAUCCGCGACGCGCUGACCCAAGCGGACGUGACCCCGACCGUGUUCUCACGUCUCCCCAAUGCCGGCGGUCCAUCGGCGAUCAUGCCGCAAGCGAUGCCGACGCAGCCCGUCGAGCAGCAGGUUGAACGGAUCGUCGAGUACCUCAACACCAACCCCAAGUCUUCCGAUUCUCCAGCGGAUCUGCGAUCGCACCUCGCUGAGGUGCUCCGCUCUCCUGAUCUGCCCUCGUUUGGUCCGUCUGUGCCUGUAGAGCAGCCAACUCAACCAGCGAGCGAAGAGCGUUUGCUGCCACCGAUCGUCAGCAAUGUCCAGGUGCUUCAGGUCCACUCGAGCUAUCUGCUCUGUCAGGACGAGCAAGGCGUGCUCAUCAUCGAUCAGCACGCACUCCACGAGCGGAUGAUGUUCAACAAGCUCAUCAGCCGAGUGACGGGAUCGGGAACGCUCGAGCAGCAGGGAUUGCUGACCCCGAUCGUGGUCAAUGUGAGUUCGGGGAUCAUCGAUCAGUUCGACGAGCUUCAGGAGCUGUUCGAACGCAUCGGCAUCGACGCGGCUCCGAUGGGUCCCAGGUCAGUGGGGGUGUCGAGCGUCCCGAGCUUCCUGCUCUCGCGGAAUGUCGAUCCCGGCGUGUUCCUCGACGAACUCUUUGAGCGCGUCGAGCACGAGGGGUUUGUGCCGUCCAAGGAAGAAGCGCUUCAUGAGGUGCUCGAUAUGAUGGCGUGCAAAGCCGCGAUCAAAGCGGGUGACAAGCUGAGCGAAUCUGAACUCGCUGAGAUCAUCGCAUUGCGCGAUAGCACCGACCGCGCCGAGUCGUGUCCCCACGGCAGGCCGACAACUGUUCGACUCACCAUCGAAGAACUUGAGAAGCUCUUUGAUCGGCGCUGA